ACUGCAGCAGCUGUAGAAUGCCUCAGCUCCGGGAGUGCAUCCCGAUAUCUUCCUCGCUCUCUCAGUCCACCGCACCACGACUCCUCUUCUUUCGGAGAAAAGGCACCGCGCGUCGGGGUGCGUCUUUGCGCAUGAUUCCUGGAUUUUUAAAAGUAAUUUUUGCGGACUAAAAUUGUGCGGGUUUUUUUGUUUGUUUUUUUACUGUUCAAAGAAAGGAUUUCUCGCUUUCAGCAGUCCGGUUCCAUGAGUGAGUAUUUGGCAGAGAUCCAUGUGAUAACAUGCUGAAAGCAUAAGGCGAGCGGUCUGUGAAUCUCAACGGGAGCUGCGGUCGGCUGCUCUCCGCCCGGACUCUGCGGCUUGGAUGUGCAGAUGCGACCCAGCACACCGCAGGAACCAUCGCUUCCGGACGCUUUAGGACAGUCUGUUUUUUUGUUGAUUGUAAUUCAUUUUUUUUUAUUUCGAGCACGUUUGGAUUUGAGGUGAAGGUCAUCGGAAAGAUGUGCGCCGUUUCUGUGCGUCAUGACACUAUUUAAAGCACAUUAACGCCUGUUUGCGUCUGCCUGCGCGUCUUCACCCAGAAAUGUGCCGUCCCGUUCUCUGGUGAGGACUCACGUAGAACAAGUUAAAUGCUGGAUCUACUUCUCAGCCACCUUUUUUGGUUGUAAAAAUGCUGAACGGCGUUCUUCUACUGAGCGUCCUCACUGUCUCCACUCUGUCCUCCUCCAAGACGGAGAGCCGCAAAACUUCGGCUUCCAAAGACAUCUGCAAAAAUCGCUGUCCCUGUGAAGAGAGGGAAAACCUUUUAAACAUCAACUGUGAGAAUAAAGGCUUUACGACGGUCAGUCUGUUUCAAGCACCCCCGAAUAAAAUCUCCCAGCUUUUCCUCAACGGCAACUUUCUCUCUCGGCUCCACGCCAACGAGUUUGUCCAUUAUGGGAAUGUCACGUCGCUGCACCUGGGAAACAACGGCCUGCAGGACAUCCGCACGGGGGCUUUUAACGGACUCCGGUACCUGAAGAGACUUCAUCUGAAUAACAACAACUUGGAGGUCAUUAAAGAGGACACGUUCGCAGGACUGGAGAGCUUGGAGUAUUUGCAGGCUGACUAUAAUUACAUCAGCGCCAUCGAGCCCGGCGCCUUCAGUAAACUGAACAAACUCAAAGUGCUCAUUCUCAACGAUAACCUGCUGCUGUCGUUGCCCACCAAUGUGUUCCGUUUUGUGCUCCUCACACACUUGGAUUUACGUGGCAACAGGCUUAAGACGCUGCCGUUCGCCGGGGUUUUGGAGCAUAUCGGUGGGAUCAUGGAAAUCCAGCUGGAGGAGAACCCAUGGAACUGUACCUGCGAUUUAAUUCCCCUCAAGUCUUGGCUGGACACUAUUUCCGUGUUUGUGGGCGACAUCGUGUGCGAAACGCCGUUCCGGCUGCACGGUAAGGAUAUUACUCAGCUUAUCAAGCAGGAUCUGUGUCCACGUAGGAACGCCGGGGAGCGCGUUAUCCACCCCCCCUCCGACUCACACAUCCUAGGGGGGCCGCCACCCCCCACCUUCCUACCGGGCAUGAUUACCCCCACCCGCAUCCCUAAAGCCUCCCGCCCCCCUAAGAUGCGCCACAGGCCCACCCCGCGCGUCAACUCAAAGGACAAACACGUCUUUGGGCCCAUCAUGGUGUACCAGACGCGCUCACCCGUGCCAAUGCUGUGCCCCAGCGUGUGCGUUUGCACGUCCCAGAACCCCGAGAGCGGCUUAAACAUCAACUGCCAGGAGCGGAAGUUGCAUAACAUUAGCGAGCUGAACCCCAAGCCCUCCUACCCAAAGAAGCUCCAUCUCACCGGUAAUUACUUGCAAGUGAUCUACAGGAACGAUUUGACCGAAUACAGUUCCCUUGAACUGCUGCACCUGGGCAACAACAGGAUCGCCGUGAUCCAGCAGGGGUCCUUCGAGAACCUGACCAACCUGAGGCGGUUGUACCUGAACGGGAACUACAUCGAGUCCCUCUCGCACUCGCUCUUCGUGGGCCUGCAGUCGCUGCAGUAUCUGUACCUGGAGUACAACAUCAUCAAGGAGAUCCUCCCGCAGACCUUCAACGACCUGCACAACCUGCAGCUGCUCUUCCUCAACAACAACCUGCUGCGCGCCCUUCCCGACAGCGUGUUCGGGGGCACCAUGCUGACCCGCCUCAACCUGAGGAACAACCACUUCUCCCGGCUCCCGGUGCACGGCGUGCUGGACCAGCUGUCGGCCUUCAUCCAGAUCGACCUGCAGGAGAACCCGUGGGACUGCACGUGCGACCUCGUGGCGCUCAAGAACUGGAUGGAGCUGUCGAGCACCAGCGUGGUGGUCAACGAGAUCACGUGCGACUCGCCGUCCAAGCACGCCGGCCGCCUGCUGCGCUCGCUGCGCAACGAGGCCAUCUGCCCCGAGCCCAGCGAGACGUUGCCCACCCCUCAACAGCAGCCCCCCACCCGGGAGCCCACAGCGCACAGCCCCGGGACAGAGGCGCCCCCCGCCGCCGCCGCCGCCGCCGCCGCCGCCGGCUCCUCCCCUUCCUCCUCCUCCUCCUCCUCCACCACCUCCGCCUCCACCUACAGCCCGCCCCCCCCCACCGAGUCCCACCUCUACCCCCCGGAGCUGCACCCCGAGGUGCCGCUGUCGGUGCUGAUCCUGGGCCUCCUGGUGGUCUUCAUCCUCUCCGUGUGCUUCGGCGCCGGCCUCUUCGUCUUCGUGCUGAAGCGGCGCAAGGGGAUGGAGCACGUCCCGGCGGGUGGCAACAACCUGGACCUCAACUCCUUCCAGGUGCAGUACGGCUCGUACGCCGCCGAGCCCGCCCCGGACAAGAGCUCCGAGAGCCACGUCUACAACUACAUCCCGCCGCCCAUGGGCUCCAUGUGCCAAAACCCCAUCUACAUGCAGAAGGACGGCGAGCAGGUGGCGUUCUACCGCAACCUGAAGGAGCUCAGCUUCGGCCCGCUGGACGCCAAGAAGGACGAGCGUCUGGCGCGCAGCCCGGGGGCCUACGCCAUCAGCACGGUGGAUUUUAUGGACAAGUCGCUGGCCCAGUGCGGCGUGGCGGUCGCGCCGGAGCCCCCGGAGCUGCUGUACCAGAACUUAGCGGAGAGGUCCCACAAGGAGCUCCCCGCCGCCGGCGGCUUACCUCCGUUCAGCUACAACUUUUGCACUUUACCCAAGAGGCCGUGCAUCGUGCCGCCGUACGAGGCGGCGUCGGUGCGGCGGCUCCCGGCGAACCAGGAGCACCUGAACAAAACUGUGCUGUACGGCACCCCCAGGAAAUACUACGGUGCCGAGCAGCCCUCCAAAAACAACGACCACCCCCUCCUGCUACCCGGGAAGCUAAAAACAGACCUGCCCGACUACCUGGAGGUGCUGGAGAAGCAUACCGCGAUGAGCCAACUGUAAGAUAACGGGAGUUGAACCCCUUUUGCAACAUCGAAUAUCCACGCGGUUACUGUAUUCAUAGGCUUAACUAUAUAUCUAUCAAUCUCUCUGUGUUUGAUCCCACAUGAUUGACUGGAAGCUAGUUCGAGACUUUUGAUGACUUUUUUUCUUCCCUUUUUUCCUCCUUUAUUUUCAAAAUGUAUAAAAAGGAAUA